AUGUUCUCGCGACGGAGCCACGGGGACGUGAGGAAGUCGGCGCAGAAGGCGCUGGACCCCAGGAAGGACGCGGCGACGCGGCUGCGACACCUGCGGGCGCUGCUGGAUAAUGUGGAUGCAAGCGAUCUUAAGCCAUUUUUUGAGACCCACUAUUCUCAGAUAUAUUUCAUCUUCUAUGAAAAUUUUAUAACACUGGAAAAUAGUUUAAAAUUAAAAGGGAAUAAUAAAUCACAAAGGGAGGAGCUGGACUCUAUUCUCUUUCUUUUUGAAAAAAUACUGCAGUUUCUACCUGAACGAAUUUUCUUUCGAUGGCAUUACCAGAGCAUAGGCUCAACUUUAAAGAAGCUUCUACACACUGGAAAUUCUAUAAAGAUAAGAUGUGAAGGAAUCAGACUGUUUCUUUUGUGGCUUCAAGCACUUCAGACAAACUGUGCAGAAGAGCAGGUGCUGAUUUUCGCUUGCCUCGUGCCUGGUUUCCCAGCCAUCUUGUCCUCCAGGGGGCCCUGCACACUGGAGACCCUCAUCAAUCCCAGUCCUAGUGUAGCUGAUGCAAAGAUAUAUCCAGAAGAAAUCACUCCACUCCUGCCAGCCAUAUCAGGGGAGAAGACUGCAGAGGACCAAACUUGCUUUUUCCUUCAGAUACUGUUGAAGUAUACGGUAAUUCAGGCUGCAAGCUUGGAGUGGAAGAAUAAGGAAAAUCAAGAUACUGGUUUUAAAUUUCUUUUUACAUUGUUUCGAAAGUAUUAUCUUCCUCAUUUAUUUCCAUCAUUUACUAAGUUAACAAACAUCUACAAACCUGUACUUGACAUCCCCCAUUGGAGACCAAAGCCCCUGUACAUUACUACAACUCGAGACAGUGAGAGCAUUUACAGCACAAAAAUUCCAUACAUGGCAGCUCGUGUUGUUUUUAUUAAGUGGAUUGUAACUUUCUUUUUGGAAAAGUAUCUAACUGCAACACAAAGCACUAAAAAUGGAGUUGAUGUGUUGCCUAAAAUUAUUCAGACUGUUGGUGGUGGUGCAGAGCCAGAGAGGGUACCGGAGCUGGAUGGCAGUGGGCCUCUGGAGCAAGAGAAGGGCUAUUCUAACAGCAGCGCCCUGUCUGAGCGGAGACUCAGCAGCUCUAGCCUCUGCAGCAUCGAAGAAGAACACCGGACAGUGUAUGGAAUGGUGCGGCAAAUCCUCCUGUCCACACGCGGUUACGUCAAUUUUGUGAAUGAAGUAUUUCGCCAGGCAUUUCUGUUGCCUUCCUGUGAGAUAGCUAUAACUAGGAAAGUAGUUCAGGUGUACAGAAAAUGGAUCCUCCAGGAAAAGCCUGUGUUCAUGGAAGAGCCGGAUAAAAACAACAUUGCCCAAGAGGAUGCUGAAAAACUAGGUGUUUCAGAGAUUGAUGCCAAGGAGGCCUCCUUGGAUGGUUCGGGUCAUAAGCGGUCUUCCAGCUGGGGACGCACGUAUUCCUUCACGAGCGCCAUGAGCAGAGGGUGUGUGGCUGAGGAGGACAGCACCAGUGUGAAGGCCGGGUCCCAGGCUGUGCUGCAGGUAUUUCUGACAAAUGCUGCAAAUGUAUUUUUGCUGGAACCUUGUGUUGAAGUUCCUGUGCUCUUGAAAGAGCAAGUUGAUGCUUGCAAAGCUGUUUUGAUUAUUUUUAGGCGUAUGAUAAUGGAGCUUACAAUGAAUAAAAAGACAUGGGAGCAGAUGUUGCAAAUACUACUCAGGAUAACAGAAGCUGUCAUGCAGAAGCCAAAGGAUAAACAAAUAAAGGACUUGUUUGCCCAGAGCUUGGCAGGGUUACUGUUUAGGACACUCAUCGUGGCGUGGAUCCGAGCAAACCUUUGCGUGUUCAUCUCUCGGGAGCUCUGGGACAACUUUCUGGGCGUGCUGUCCUCCCUCACUGAGUGGGAGGAGCUCAUAAGCGAGUGGGCCAACAUCAUGGACUCCCUGACUGCGGUGCUGGCAAGAACUGUAUAUGGAGUUGAGAUGACAAACCUGCCUCUGGACAAACUGAGUGAGCAGAAGGAGAAGAAGCAGCGGGGCAAAGGCUGUGUUCUGGAUUCUCAGAAAGGGACCACUGUGGGGAGAUCCUUUUCUCUCAGCUGGCGGAGCCACCCAGAUGUGACCGAGCCCAUGCGGUUCAGGAGUGCUACCACAUCUGGGGCACCCGGGGUAGAGAAGGCAAGAAAUAACGUCCGCCAAAAAGCAACUGAAGUGGAGGAGAAUCCACAGUCAGAGAACACACCUGCAGCAGAACCAACCCAGCUCACGAUGGGGCAGCAGCAGGUCCUCCAGAGCAGCAGCACCUCUGACAUCCCCGAGCCGAGGAUCCCAGAAGCAUCUCAGGACAGAGACUCGCUAAGUUGCCCAAGCUGGCCGUGGAACUUUCAAUCCUCCUGCCUCAGCCACCCAUGUAGCUGGGAUUACAGGCAUGCACCACAGCACCAGGCAAAAACAAACACAACUUUUAAUAGUAUUUACAGCUUCUGCAACAAAUUUCAGCAACAACAGAGUUUGGAAAGCCAAGAGGCAGAUGGUCAAAAGGUAGAGUUUGCACAAAAUUUGACUUCUUCAGAACCCAAGCCUAGUCAAGAGAAUACAGGCCAGGUGAAGAGAGAACAUGAAGGAAUAACAAUCUUAGUUCGAAGAAGUAGCAGCCCUGCUGAGUUGGAUCUGCAGGAUGAUUUGCAGCAGACACAAGGAAAAUGUAGGGAAAGACAGAAGAGUGAAAGUGCCAGCGGCGACACAGCUCUGGGCUAUAACAGUGAAGCCGAGCUGUUGGUGACCCCAUGGCAGGCGUGUGAGGAGGACCCCGACCUGAGCACACCCACAGAUGCUGUGGCUGACUCUGAUGCACGGCAGUGGUUACAGCUGAGUCCCACUGAUACCUCAAACCUAACAGACAACAGUGAGUGCCUGGUGGAUGACUGUAGUAUCAUUGCCGGAGGGAACCUCACCGGCUGGCACCCAGAUUCUGCUGCUGUGUUAUGGAGAAGAAUCUUGGGGAUCCUUGGAGAUGUGAAUAACAUCCAGUCGCCCAAGAUCCAUGCCAAAGUGUUUGGGUAUCUCUAUGAGCUCUGGUACAAACUAGCCAAGAUCCGGGAUAAUCUAGCUGUAAGCCUGGAUAACCAGUCCUCUCCGUCUCCUCCUAUUUUGAUCCCACCACUCAGAAUGUUUGCAUCAUGGUUAUUUAAGGCGACAACACUGCCAAAUAAGUAUAAGGAAGGCAAACUGCAAGCCUACAGGCUGAUCUGCGCCAUGAUGACCAGACGCCAGGAUGUCCUGCCAAAUUCCGACUUCCUGGUGCACUUCUACCUCGCGAUGCACCUGGGCUUAACCAGUGAGGACCAGGAUAUCUUGAAUACAAUCAUAAGACACUGCCCACCCCGAUUCUUCUCCCUGGGUCUGCCUGGCUUCUCCAUGCUGGUAGGGGACUUCAUCACAGCCUCAGCCAGGGUCCUCGGCACAGACAUGUUGGUGGCGCCUCGUUCUGAAGCUCUCACCAUCCUUGGGUCCCUCGUCUGCUUCCCAAAUAUCUACCAGGAGAUCCCAUUACUGCCGUCUGUACCAGAAGUGAGUGAGGUCGUCACUGGAACCGAAGAUGUCAAGCAUUACCUUAUAAAUAUUUUACUGAAGAAUGCCACAGAGGAACCAAAUGAAUGUGCAAGGUGCAUUGCCAUUUGCUCCCUGGGGGUGUGGAUCUGCGAGGAGCUUAUGCAGCGCACCUGGCACCCCCAGGUGAAGGAGGCCAUCAAUGUGGUCGGUGUGACACUAAAGUUUCCUAACAAAAUCGUGGCUCAGGUAGCUUGUGAUGUUCUUCAGUUGCUGGUUUCCUAUUGGGAAAAACUUCAGCUGUUUGAAACCUCCCUGCCUCGGAAAAUGGCAGAAAUCCUUGUGGCCACAAUUGCUUUUCUUUUACCAAGUGCAGAGUAUUCCUCAGUGGAAGCAGAUAAGAAGUUCAUCGUGUCCUUGCUCCUCUGCCUCCUGGACUGGUGCAUGGCGCUGCCAGUGAGCGCCCUUCUGCACCCAGUGUCCACCUCAGUCCUAGAGGAGCAGCACCUGUCUCAGGCGCCCUUGUUGGAUUAUAUCUACAGGGUCCUCCACUGCUGUGUCUGUGGCUCCAGCACAUACACCCAGCAGAGUCACUAUACUCUGACCCUGGCUGACUUGUCCUCUGUGGAUUAUGACCCCUUCCUGCCCCUGGCCAGUGUAAGGAGCUCUGAGCCAGUCCAGUGCCAUUCCUCAGCAGAUCUGGACAACCUGCUGACUGUGGAAGAGGAGAGGAGAAGGAGGAGCCUGGAGCUGAUCCCGCUUACUGCCCGCAUGGUGAUGGCACACCUGGUCAACCACCUGGGCCACUACCCGCUGGCUGGGGGCCCAGCUGUACUGCACAGCCUGGUCAGUGAGAACCACGACAACACCCACACUGAGGGUGCCGAACUGUCCCCCGAUGUGUUCCGGAGCCCAAACCUGCAGCUCUUUGUAUUUAAUGACAGCACCCUCAUCUCUUACCUGCAGAUGCCUGCAGAGGGGAUGGGUGGCACGUCCCCGGGGGAUGCUGUCUCAGAUGUUCGGGUCAUUGUGCGAGAUGUUUCAGGGAAGUACUCCUGGGAUGGGAAGGUGCUCUAUGGACCCUCGGAGGGCUGCCCAGCACCCAGUGGGUACAGUUCCACCUUUCAGAUUCCCAGCUACCAUUCUCAGAGUGUUGGGCCUCAGAAAGAUCUUCCUCAGAUUCAGGAAGGGGACGAUGUGCUAGACAAGUUGCUGGAGAACAUUGGCUACACAAGCCCCGAAUGCCUCUUACCGUCUCAGCUAAAGCUAAAUGAGCCUUCCCCACCCCCGUAUGGAAUGAACAGUGAGCAGGAGAAGGAAAUUAUCAAGGUUAUCCUGUGCCAAAAUGCACAGGAGGACGAGCAUGUUCAGAGGUGUAAUUCGGCCUCCACCAUGAAGGUCACCAGCCAAGGGCAGCCCUCCCCAGUGGAGCCCCGAGGACCCUUCUAUUUCUGCAGGCUGCUGCUCGAUGACUUGGGAAUGAACUCUUGGGACAGAAGGAAGAAUUUUCAUCUGUUGAAGAAAAAUUCAAAAUUAUUGAGAGAGCUAAAAAAUCUGGACUCCCGUCAGUGCCGGGAGACACACAAAAUUGCAGUGUUUUACAUUGCUGAAGGUCAAGAAGACAAGUGUUCGAUCCUCUCCAAUGAAAGAGGAAGCCAAGCUUAUGAAGACUUCGUUGCUGGUCUUGGAUGGGAGGUGGAUCUCUCUACCCACUGCGGCUUCAUGGGCGGCCUGCAGCGCAAUGGCAGCACUGGGCAGACUGCCCCUUACUACGCUACCUCCACUGUGGAAGUGAUUUUUCAUGUUUCCACUCGGAUGCCAUCGGACUCAGACGAUUCCCUCACCAAAAAGCUCCGUCACUUGGGGAAUGAUGAGGUCCACAUCGUCUGGUCUGAACACUCCAGGGACUACCGCAGGGGCAUCAUCCCAACGGCCUUUGGCGACGUUUCCAUCAUCAUUUACCCAAUGAAGAACCACAUGUUCUUUAUCACCAUAACCAAGAAACCUGAGGUGCCAUUUUUUGGGCCUCUGUUCGAUGGAGCCAUCGUGAAUGGGAAUCUGCUUCCGAGCCUUAUCUGUGCCACGUGCAUCAAUGCCAGCCGGGCCGUGAAGUGCCUCAUACCGCUCUACCAGAACUUCUAUGAAGAACGAGCACUGUAUCUUGAAGCAAUAAUUCAGAACCAUCGCGAAGUCAUGACAUUCGAGGAUUUUGCAGCUCAAGUCUUCUCCCCCUCGCCCAGCUAUUCCCUCAGCGGAACGGUGCUGAAACGUCACGAACCGAGGAGCUGGAAGGGACCCCAGGAAACAUCAGGCCUCGCCCCUUCACACUGACAGACCAAGCUCAAGACCAAGCCAUGAAGGGACAGCCAAGGUUCCUGGGCAACCCUCUUCCCACCCUGGGGACCAGUCCCAUGAUCAGAGCCCUGGCUACUGGCUUCUUAUUCAUAAUAAAGGCCAGGAUUGAAUUGGAGGACUUCAUUCAGAAAACCCGGACCUUUUCCUUAAAUACAAGGUCUCUUACGUCACCAUCUGUUCAAGAACUCACAGCCUAGCCACUUGCACCUCAGCCCACAUAGCUAUCACUGACCAAUGUCCCCAACAACCCUGCAGACAGCUCAACACUCCACAGGAUCUCCUCUACCCAGGAAGCCCUGCCUACUCAGGCCCCAGCCUGAGUGUUCCCUGUACGUAUCAAGCUCAGUUAUGGCUGCUUUUGCUUUGUUCUUGAAAAGAUAACAAAGCAUUGAUAGAAAGUUUUUACCCACCCUAAUCCCACUGCUUAGCCCUAUUGUACCCUGGAAUUCUUGCAUUUUCAAUGUAAUGAUUUUUCCACGUAUGGCAGGCUUGUGUAACUCUGUCAUAAGUUGAGCACACCAUUCUUCUGUCUUGGUUCCUCUUUGUGGAUCUGAGUCUUUACCCCACUGUGUGUCCUCUCCCCAUAUGGUCUGCAGAUUCUUCAGAGAAUGAUUCAUGUCAUUUCUUUCAUACAACACGCACAGCUGGAGUGACAAAGAAAGGAGUAGCUGUUGCUUAAAGUGGUACAGGUGUGUCUCCAGACCACAGAUUCAUGGGGCCAGAGCAAACACCUGUAAUUACGUGUCCUCUGUCCCCUCCCCUCCCUAUCUCUUGGAGAAAGUGGGCCAGUGAUGAGCAACAUGUCCAAACCCAAUGUGGGCAGCCUGGCAAUCCACAGCCUGGAUAACACAAGGUUGUGAAUAAGUGAAACUUGAUUUGAGAUGCUUCCACAUAUGGUAUUGGGGUGAAAGAGGGUUUCCAUGGCCUUGUUUAGCACCGUGUUCUGCCUCAUGGUUAUUCAUCCUUUCAUCCUUUUAAAACUCACUGUCCUCUGGGUCAGGUCUGCGAGAUAAACAGAACUGAGACAAACACUUUUACCACAUGAUUAGCAGCCAUACAAUGCUGCUACUUGUCUCUGAGUCGGCCUCCCUCAUGUCCGCUGCUGCCAGUGAGCAGGACAGGGCUUGGGACUUGAGGCAACACAGAAGGCUCUGGGGACCUUGUGCAGGCCUGUGGAGAAGGAAGUCUUAUUGGAGAUAUGAGCAGAUACUCAUGAGCUAUUGGGUUACUUAUUAAUCAGACCAGAUCAGGUAGCUGCAGCCAUAACUACAAGUGACAGUGGCUUGGAUGAGCUGGGUGGAGGUCCCCUCAGAGGGUUUGUGCCACCUGCCUGUAACCCGUGACCCAUGUGUAUGAGGCAGUCCACCAGGCAUCCUGCCAGUGGAUUUGAACUUUUCCAUGUUGGCCAAGAACCAAGAUGCCUCAGACCUGGAGGCCCACGGACAAGAAGAAUAAGAGGAAGAUAGGAAAUCAAGCAACAUAGAGAUUGCCUGUGAUCCCAGCACUCAGAAAGGCUGAGGCAGGAAAAUUAGAAA